GGCGUCGCCUCCGUGAUCGCUUCCGACAUGAGCUUCCCGUACGGACAGGGUUACCCCUCCCAAGGGACUCGGUACCCCGGGGGGGCCUAUGGGGGCGGAAUGGCCCCCGGUGCUCCGGUCCCUCCCCAGAGGGGGUCCGGUGGCGGCCCCGCGCCGGGAUACGCUCCGCCCCCGGGAGGACCGGCCCCCGGGGCUCCUUACGGCUCAAACCGCUCCCCGGGUGCAGGCGGGGCCCCCGGAGCCCCUUAUGGAGGAGGGGGGUAUUUUGGAGGACAGGCUCCUGGAGCACCGUAUGGGGGAUAUGGACAGCCUCAAGGAGGACCCUAUGGAAACCAGGGCCUUGCUGGUAACAUCCCCCCGGGCGUGAACCCUGAGGCCUUCCAGUGGUUCCAGUCGGUAGACACUGACCACAGUGGCUUUAUCUCGCUGAAGGAGCUCAAACAGGCACUGGUCAACUCGAACUGGUCUGCCUUCAACGACGAGACGUGUCUCAUGAUGAUCAACAUGUUCGAUAAGACCAAGUCAGGUCGCAUGGACGUGUUUGGAUUCUCUGCUCUCUGGGUCUUCAUGCAGCAGUGGAGGGCUCUCUUCCAGCAGUACGACCGGGACCGCUCGGGGUGCAUCAGCGGGACCGAGCUCCACCAAGCUCUGGGUCAGAUGGGCUACAACCUGAGCCCCCAGUUCACCGAGAGCCUGGCCACACGCUACUCCGCCCACCGCGGCCACAGCGCCAUGCAGCUGGACCGUUUCGUUCAGGUGUGCACGCAGCUGCAGUGCAUGACGGAGGCCUUCCGCGAGAGGGACACUGCACGCAGUGGCAACGUGCGCAUGAGCUACGAGGACUUCCUGUCUGCCGCCAUCGUGCGGCUCAUGUGAGAGAAGAAGCCUGGAGAGCCCCGGACUGCUGCUGGAACCCGCCCCGCUCAGCCGUGCCCCGGUACGCUCCUGAGGAGGAGAGGUGAAAGAGGACAGGAAAACACAAGGCUGGCGAAAGACUACUGCUGCUCUAAACUGAAUUGUGUGUGUGCGUGGGCUUUGCAUGUUUCAGAGCAGCUCUGGGAAGGGUUCACCUUAACUACAGCUAAGAGGUUGAGUUGUAUCGCUGUGGUGACCACCUCAAACAAUAGCAGGAGGACAGUCAUGUGACCAAGCCAGUAAAUCCUGGGACUGGACCAGAGCUGCUGAUCCACAAGCAGCAGAACCCUAUGCUCACAAUUCCUUUUUAUUCCUGGUUGGUUCAGGGACCAGUGUGUUGUGCAAAAUCUAUAGGUGUAGGGACCAGGUAUGAGGGACUAGAAAUGUUCCUGUCACUUUUUUUCUGUAUAUUGAAAUUAAUUUGGAAAGAAAUGUCAAGACCUGCUAAGGGAAAGGGUGUGAAUGAAGACAAAGCAGCAGAGAUGUGGCUUGGUCACGUUUCCUUUACUCCGUUCAGCAGCAGGAACCCGGUUAAGGUGCUCAUGGAGUCCUUGUUUCGCACCUCUCUACUCACCCCUUACUCUUGUUUCGCUGUAAACCUCUCACAUAAACAGGCCUUGUGGCUAUGAAUGCAUAUGCAAAAUGAACAUGUGAAAGUAUGCGAUUGUACAGGCUUGUUCCAAAUAAAUUAAUAUGCUUGAAUAUGAGUUUUAUUAUCCAUGAAACACAUGAUU